UUUGAAACUAAUUAUUUUGUCCAGUUCACUAGCUUUGUUUACAGCUUGAGCAACCUUUAAAUAAUCCAAUCUGAUUCUCUCUCUUCCUAAUUCCUACUACCAUGUUGUAACACCGUCCAAUUAUUAUUGAUAAAUUAAUAUUUGCUUUCAUUUCCUAUUUAGUAUAUUGAAAAAAAUUGGUAGAUCUCUCUUUAAUUGUUUGCUUCCAAGUUCAACCCUUCUCCCUCUCUCUCGAUCUCUCGAUCCCUCUCUCUCUCUCUCUCUCUCUCUAAAACUUGAUACUCACUUCAAUUUCUUCUCCUCUAGCUGCAGAUUAAAAAUACUACUGUAAUUGAAAGUGCCCCAGAUGAAGAUCCAGUGCGACGUCUGUAACAAAGACGAGGCAUCGGUGUUUUGCUCGGCGGACGAGGCAGCCCUCUGCGCCGCCUGCGACCACCGUGUACACCACGCCAACAAGCUCGCCGGAAAACACCAACGCUUCUCUCUCCUCCUCCCUUCACCCAAACAACUCCCCCUCUGCGACAUCUGUCAGGAGAGAAAAGCAUUCCUGUUCUGUCAACAGGACAGAGCCAUCCUCUGCAGAGAAUGCGAUGUUCCAAUCCACGAAGCCAACGAACACACCCAAAACCACAACCGGUUUCUCCUCACCGGAGUUAAACUCUCCGCCACCUCCGCCCUCUAUUCGCCACCACCACCCUCCUCUGCUUCCUCCACCUCCUCUGCUGCGUCUGGAAACGGAAUCGAUGUGGUUCCCAGUUUCAACCCACAAAACCCUGUCAAUAACAAGCCCGUUUCGGUUCAGCCCGGGAUUUGCAGCACACCUGCCAUUGAAAAGGGUCUUCCGGGUAAUCAUGGAUCCUCUAGUAGUACUAUAUCGGAGUACUUGAUUGAGAUGCUGCCUGGGUGGCGGGUUGAGGACUUUCUUGUUGAUUCCUCUCCUUCCUCUUUUGGUUUUUGUAAGACGGCUGAUGAAGUUUUGCCUAAUUGGGAAGCUGAUCCGGACAACAGCAAUCUGGGCUCCAUUUCUUCCCCAAAAAACAUGGGAAUAUGGGUCCCCCAGGCCCCACCUCCUCUCUAUCCUUCUCUAUACCCAUUGCCAAACACUGCCUAUGGGAAUCAAAUCAGUUUCAAGGAGUCCAAAGAAGCCACAAACAACAACAUCAACAAAUACAGCAGAAAUUGGAGAGAAGAAGGUGUUUUCACUGUUCCACAGAUCAUCAGUCCUCCCUCCAGUACAGCAUCUAAUAAGAGAUCUAGAACUUUUUGGUAAAAGAUGGAAUGACUAAAUUAUUCGGUAGUAGUCUGGGAACACCGCUACGUAGUGCUCCAAAACCACACAUUUAUCUGAGGUCCACUUAAUUACUUAGUCGUGAACCCACGAGAAUGUUUGGUUGCGGAGUGGUAUUGAGCACUACGUGUCGGUGCUCUCGGACGACUGAAUAAUUUCACUAGAUGGAGAGACAAGAAGUUUCUAUCACUUUCAUUGUGGUACUCAUCUUUUUUUUAUUUCUUCCCUUUUUAGCCUUUAUUUAGGUUGAUGAUUUUCUUGGUUUUCCUUCCUUUCCUGUUCAAGAAGUGUGCUGACUGGGGAGUUUUGUUGUCUAUAUGUUUGUUUUUCCUCAUUUUUCAUGUACUUGCAGUUCAGAAGCUGCUGGCUUUUGUUUGUAAAUAUCUUUUUGAUUGUUGUUGUUCAA